GCGGUCUCUCUCAAGCUUUGUGACAGCAGACGCAAACCACGGUGGUAUAAAUCGCUUUGGAAUCGCCAUGUCGCUGCUCCUCUAAGGCUCUCGGUUAAGCCCAUACGCUAUUCUUGUUUGGUAUCGCAUGAGCUUGAUGGGUGGGUUGGUGAAGGCAGUCAGCGAGAGACCGCAGCAGCCGGAGAAGAAGCCGCGCGGUCGGCCGUCGCCGGGAAGAGCAGUCGCCGUGAUCUGCUUCGCCUGCUUCUUGGUGGCCUUCGUCUUUAGCAGGCCGGUCAGCUUCCUGCCAUCAGAAAAGAAAACAAGAUUCGUUUAUUCUUCUUCUUCUUCUUCUUCUUCUUCUUCUUGUGAGUCGAGCUUGCCACGGUCAUCGCAAGACUGCGAGAGCAGAACAACAUCAGGGAAGGCCAAUCCGAGGGAUAUCAUAAGGGAAGUGUCGAAGACUCAUCAAGCGAUUCGGUCCUUGGACAAGUCCAUCUCAUCGUUGGAGAUGGAACUGGCAGUGGCCAGGAUGAACUCCAACGGUGGCUCGUCUUCCUCCGGCCACGGUAAGGGCCUGAAGAAGGCAUUCGCCGUCAUCGGAAUCAACACCGGCUUCGGCAGCAAGAAGAGGCGCGAAUCGGUUCGACAAACUUGGAUGCCAAGAGGGACCAAGUUGAAGAGACUGGAGGAGGAGAAGAGCGUGGUGGUGCGGUUCGUGAUCGGGCACAGCGCCACCCCCGGCGGAGCUCUCGACCGCGCCAUCGACGCAGAGGACGCGGAGACCAAGGACUUCCUAAGGCUGGAUCACCUGGAGGGAUACCACGAGCUCUCCUCCAAGACCCGGGUGUACUUUGCCACCGCCGUCGCCAUCUGGGACGCCGACUUCUACCUCAAGGUCGACGACGACGUGCAUGUCAAUCUCGGAAUCCUUACUACGAAUCUCGCUCGGUACAGAGGCAAAUCAAGAGUCUAUAUGGGUUGCAUGAAAUCUGGGCCGGUUUUGUUCCAAACGGGCGUGAAAUAUCACGAACCCGAACACUGGAAAUUUGGUGAGGAAGGAAACAAGUACUUCAGACAUGCGACUGGCCAAAUCUACGCCAUCUCCAAAGACCUUGCUUUGUACAUCUCCACAAACGCGCCAAUACUCCAUAAGUAUGCAAACGAAGAUGUUUCCUUGGGCUCAUGGUUGAUCGGCUUGGAAGUCGAGCACAUCGAUGACAGAAGCAUGUGUUGCGGAACACCUCCAGACUGCGAAUGGAAGACUCGAUCUGGGAAUGUCUGCGUUGCAUCGUUCGACUGGUCAUGCAGCGGAGUCUGCAAGUCCGUGGACAGGAUGAAGGAUGUGCACAAAAGCUGCGGCGAGAGCGACGCAGCCAUUUGGGAUGUUGUUCUUUAGAUGAGAUUAGGUCGUAUGGGGAGCUAUAUAACACAAGCAACUUCUCUUUUAUGUCUCCUGUAAUAACCAUCCCAUCCUCCUA